UGUCAGAUACAGAUUAGUGGGCAGUCAACAACUCUGUUUGUCUUACCAUAUAAGCAUUUUCCUCUUUACACUUACCCAGUUUACUCACUGGAAGUUCUGAUUUCUCUUUGUUCUUUUUUUCCUCUUUAUUAUAUGCAUUUAUAUAUCUGUUAUUUUCUGUGUCCUUGAGACACCCCCUUCUUUACUUCACCCAUACUCUUGUCUAUCCAAGCUUAUUAUUCUCAGUUUGGAUUACCAAGAACACAACUUUUUCCAUUUGUCUUCAUGCUUAUUUAAGAAUAACUUCUUGUUUUCUUCUCAAAUCUAUGUGGGUAUCUCCCAAGAUCAGUUUUUUAUUGAAGUAAAUUCCAAAAGGGACUCUUAAUUUGAGGUGGGUUUUUUUCUUAAUUUGACUCUAAUGGAUGUUUCGUGUGAUCUUCAAGUGGAUGUCAAUGGUGAACAAGUCUUUAUGGUAGAUAAGAAGGUUAUAUGUUCCUAUUCUGGAAGAAUAAACAAAUUGUUUGGCAAAUCGAAACGAGGGACACGAUAUCUUAAGGUGAUAUUUCACGACUUUCCUGGUGGAGCUGAGAGUUUUGAGCUCAUUACAAGAUUCUGCUACAGCAAAGGGAAGAUUGAGAUAAAUUCCAUUAAUGUUUCAACUCUAUAUUGUGCUGCCUCUUAUAUGGAAAUGGAGAAAUCUGUAUCCGGAAACCAAAAUCUAUUCGAGCUAACUGAGAAAUCGCUUGAAGACAUAAGGUAUUGGACUUGGUCUGAGCUUCUUGAUGCUCUUAGACUGUGUCAAAACUUGAUGCCUGUGGCAAGCUCUUCAGGUGUAAUUGAUAAAUACCUGGAUUCUGUUAUUGGGAGGGUUGCAUCUUCGUGUGAAACCAGCCCUUGUCCGUCAACUUCUUCUGCUGACAGCUCUGGAUUUCGGUUGUCUUGUGAUACGAAAAGUACAGAGAGCUUGAGAAAUAGCACAUUUCGGGCAACAUGGUGGUUUGAGGAUCUUGCUUCUUUUGAGCCCUUUUUGAUUGAAACUUUGGUAAAGCAAAUGGCAUCCAAAAACCUUGACCACGGGAUUCUUAGUAAGUUCCUGUUCUAUUACCAAAAGUCAAGAUUUUCGGUGGCCAAAACAAUGGAUGAGAAAUGCAAGACCAUAGAGACAGUUAUAGAGAUGCUUUAUUUGCUAGAUUUAAGCUGCAUUUCUUUCAAAACCUUGUUUGGAAUGCUUCGAAUUACUCUUAAUUUAAAGAUAAGCAAGUGCUCCAGGAACAAGUUAGAGAGCAUGAUUGGCUCCCAGUUGGAUCAAGCAACUUUGGAUAACCUCCUGCUCCCGUCACCUGUUGGAUCGAGCUAUUUAUAUGAUGUGAAUUUAGUUCUUAGGUUAUUGAAAUCAUUCAUCAGCAAAGGGCCAUGUUGUGUUCCGUUAACUCGAUUGAGGAAAGUUGCUAGCUUGAUGGACUUGUACAUAGCAGAAGUAGCUCCUGAUCCAUGUCUUAAAUCUUCCAAGUUCCUUGCCCUGGUCAGGUCACUCCCCGAGUCUGCUAGGGACUCAUAUGAUGCAAUCUACCAUGCCACAGUUAUGUAUCUCGAGGUCCAUUCAGGGUUAUCUGAAGAGGAAAAGAUAAAAGUAUGUAGUGGACUGAGCUACGAGAAGCUGUCAUCCGAGGCUUGUAGCCACCUUGCUCGUAAUAAAAAGUUCCCUUCAAAAUCUGCUGGACAAGCUCUCAUAACUCAGCAAGUUAAGCUCAAAAGCUUGCUUCAAGAAACCAAUCAACCCAGUCCUUACCUCGAUUCCCCUUGUAGUUUCGUAGAUACAGAAAAUCCAGGAAACGAAGAUCAACAGAUCGUGCUAUACGCAGGAAAGCUGGAUCUUUCGACAGAGAAUGAGAAGCUUAAAGAACAUUUACAAGGCAUGCAAUGGAGAGUACUAGAAUUGGAAAAAGCUUGUAGGAAAAUGCAAAAUCAAAUGGCAAAAAUGUUGAAAUCAAGAGUAUCAAGCCAUAACAAUGCCAAAUCAUUACCUAGGCUAUGUUCUUGAUUGAGAUAAAUAAAAUCCAAUCAUUUUUAUUAACUUUAUUAAUAUUAUUAUUUUUGAAAAUUUUGUAUCUAAAUAGCAAAUCAAAACUUAGUUCUUUGUUUGAAUAACAAAGAGUAACUACUACUUUUACCCCA